ACACUUUUCUAUUUGUCUCUAAUCAUCAACAAUCAACACAUUGUCCUAGAGAAGAGACAAUAUGGGUUUCACAAGUAAAACAAUUUCCUUCACCUUAGCCCUAACCCUAACCCUAGCCUCAUUCCUCUUUGUUGGAAAUGCCGAACCCUCAGAGGAUAUCCACGUUGUAAACCACAAUCUCCGAUCCGAUCUCACGGCGUUAUGCCAAAAAACUACCAAUCCUAAACUUUGUCUAGAUACAAUUCAACCACACUUACUCAAGGGUGUAAUUACUCCCAUUAAAGCUCUCGAUGCUGAAGUCGACGCGACUCAUGAUCAAACCGUAAAAACUAUGGAUGUCAUUGGUACAUCACUUGCCAAACAUAGUGUUUCCAAAUCAUUGAAGGAUUCUCUUGCUAUAUGCAAGGAACAAUACCAAGGCAUUUUGGAUACUAUCAAAGAAACCAAACAAGCGAUUGCUAAUAAUGAUCUUAGUACCGCGAAAUUGAAAUUCAGUUCUGUCUUGUCAUACCAAGGAUCUUGCAAAGAUGCAUUUGAAGGGAUGGAGAAGGAAUUCUCCUUUUCUCAUGACUCUGAUGCUGUGUUUCAGUUGGGAGGAAACUGUUUAGACAUCAUUGCUGAUAUGGAAAAAGCUAUGCCUAAGCCUGAAGUACCAACCGAACCAGCUCCUUCUACAGCUACAACAUUUAGCAACGUAAUUGGAACCAUAAGUUAAAGUGGUUGUGGAUACAAUAUCCAACUUUUUUCGAUGGUAGAAAAUUUUAAAAAUUUAGUUUUAUUAUUUGUAAGUGAAUAGAUGAAGUGGUAAUAACCACUAAAACUUACACACAUUAUUCUGAGGUUUGAGUUCAAACCCGAGUAAUAUAAUAGUAUCUAAGUAUUAAUAUCAACUUUUGUCUAUUGAGUUAUGAUUUGUGGACUUAAAUGAGCCAGCUUUAUUGGUACAUAAUACAAGUUCCACUAAAUGUAAUAUUAUUUUAUAUUUCACAUAUUCAUGAUUUUAUAA